AUGACUGUUGUUAACUUGAAACUAGGGAUGGUUGAGCAUGAAGGAAGGUUGUGUCCCUGCGAUGAUGCCCGGGCAGGUUACUUAUUCGAAGUCUCCGGUCAAAGUGGGUUCCUUUCUGGUCGUGAAAGCUGUCCAGUCACGGCCCCAUCCAUAUCCCGGACCAUCCAUGAGAGACCAAGGCACAAGACCGUCAGCGGGCUGCGACCGUCAAAAUCGCAAGCAAUAGCUCUGGCGAUGGAAGAUGUUGAAUCUGAUAACGAUGAUGCGGUGGCCGAGGAUUGUCUGAAAUCGUCCAAUGCGACCGCGCCGCCGGUCCGUCAGUUUCACUGUGAUACUCGCUUCCCUCAACGCAAAAGAACUGCGAAUGAUUUAGCAACCCCAAAGUUGCAGCCUUCAUCUAUAGAUAAAUUUAUUUUGGGAAUAUGGCGACAGGUACACUCUCCAAUCACAUUAAGUGUGUCAUUUCCGGACCGAAGGCCAGAAUUUAGUCUCCGCACUGGUAUCAGUCAGGAAGUUUUCCGAGCCAUUAAUAGCCUGUGCAGAACAUAUUGUGACCAAAGCCGUUCGUCGCGGGCUCUGGAAAUGAUCAUUCAAUCAUAUUGGGUGGAAUGCUUCCAAGCACGAAUUGCAUCGAUCCGUAUCGAACACCCAGAGUGUACGAAUGUCGAAGCUCGAAUGAUAGCGCUGAAAGAGGCCUGCAGCACGCUCGGCUGGCAGGAAAAAGAGCUCAGAAACAGGAUUAACCGAGGGCGGUGUGGCGUGGCUACAAAGAAGUUAAGGAUUCGGGGGCUGGGCUUGUCUGAUCUUUGCCGGGGCCGGAUUGGUUUUGAUAAUGGACUCACAACUCGGUUGCGCCACCUUGCACCCAGUCUCGAAGUCGCCGCAGAUACUCUCCAUCCCGGUUGGCGAGAUCUCCUUCGAGUUGUAGACCAGAGUGGCCCCCGCCGAUACACUGGUCACCCUCAUGAAUGGGUUACAGUCGAUACCGGGCCAGCGUUGCCACUUCAAGAUACUUACUCACAUCUACCAUUACCAAAUGGCUUCGCGUAUCAAUUCGUUGAAGACUGUGUGAUCGACCAGGACGUGUUUGGUUCGGAGGACCCUCGACGCGACCCAGGGUUAGACCCCGACCUGUGUCAAAUAUGCAAGGAAAAACAGUCGGAUAAUGCGACUUCCAACUGUUGUUCCUGCUUUCCAAAUAUAUUUGGCUGUGUUCGUUGUCCCUCCCCGGUGCAAAUAUUUCACACGGCUACUGGAAAGAAUAAUGGAGUGGUUGCCCGCUGCCCAUUUGAACGAGGCAUGGCUAUUGCAGAAUUCGUUGGUUUCAUCACUCUCGGAAUUGAUGGUCUGGAUGUGAUGGCCGGCGGAACACCAGAACGACCCUAUCAAAUUUUCCAAGGCAACCUAGGUAAUUUCACUCGUUUCAUUAAUCAUUCAUGCCGACCCAACUGCCAAUUCCAGAGAUUCUAUUGGUGUGGGGUGGAACGUGUGAUCGUGGUUUCUCGCGGAGUUGAGGCUGGCAGUGAGAUAACGGUGGACUAUUCAGAUUUCUACUGGAGAGAAUUGAAAAAAAAUUGUCUUUGCGGCGAGCCGGGCUGUCGCUUUGCCCAUCAAGGCGAGAUUGGGCUGUGA